AUGACGAAAGUCACAGAAUUCAUCGUGCUAACCCUCAAAAACCCCUCUCCCGAGCCUUCCGCAGCCUGGGCUGACGUGACCGCAACUCUCAAAUCCGUCCCCGGCGUAACGGCCCUCUACACAGGUCGCCAACUGGAAGAUCCUUCCAAGACGGUUCUGGUAGUAGAUUGGGCGUCUCCGGACGCUUUCUCCUCCUUCGCGGCAUCAGAGAACUACACGCCAUGGUUCGCCUCGCUCAAGGCCAUCGCCGCAUCGGACCCGGCGCCGGUAUUUUAUAAAGUCCCCUUCGUCUCGGACGGCGCCUCCGAUCCUAGCGCCGUACUACGCGCGCCGUGCACCGAGGUUUUUGUAGCUUACGGCGUCGAGCCCGAUUUCGUAGGCAAGACGGCCGAGUUCGCCGGUGGACUGUCCAAGGGCACGGUCGAAGGGUUCCAUGGGCACGCGUACGGUGAGGUCUCGACGCCCCUUGCGUAUGGCGCGGACGGCGAGAGGGGUCCAGCUGUCACAUUGCUUCUCGGGUGGGAUAGUAAGGAGGCGCAUCUUGAGGCCAAGGGCAAGUCUGGACCUGUCUCUGACAACAUCCACUUAUUGAGAUCAGGACGCAAGGACAUCUCCAUGUAUCACGUAAACCUGAAGCAAGUCUAA